UACUUGUUAUGAUAAAACUUUAGGACAUCAAUUAAUCAACUAUUUCAUUAGAAAAAAUACAUUUAAUUAGAAUUUAGUAGAUUGAAAUUUGAGCAUUUUGUGGAGCAGAGAAAUGAAUUGGUUGAAGCCUAUCCACAUAUACAUUUAAUUAGGAUCACAAUGUUUGCCAUAGGUGGAAUAUUUUCACUGACUCAGUCAAAAAGAAAAAAAUAGCAAGGAAAUCAGGGAAUCGAUUUUUCCUCAAAUGUAUUUGACUUAAAUCAGCUUAUUUGGCAACAACUACGUCUUAAGGGUAUAUUGGUGAUUUCAUUUGUGAAAGGAGUUGUUGUAUUGCAUAUGUAUGGAUGUGCAAGCAAGUAUUUAUUUUCCUUCUUUUUGGUCCAACACGUCUUUCACAAUCAUGGACUUUAUUUUCUUUUCUGCUUUCUCCUACUUUCCAUUACAAACUCCUUUUACACAUUAAAGUCAUCCACUCAUUUUCUCCUCAGAAAAGACUAAUAAAUCUCAGUAUUACUAUUCACAAAUUCUAGUCAUAAAUGUGUGAAAAAGAGAAAGGGUUGUUAUUAUAUAUGUGUAAAACUGGUUUAUAUUAAUAGUAUAAACUCGUUUUUAUAUUGUUUUUCUUUCAUUGUUUUAUCCAUGUAUCUCUCCUUUUCCCACCCAUAUGAGUGCAAGAGUAUCAAAUUAUUGAUUAUAUAUAUACAAAUUGUGGAGUAUGCUAACUUCUAUUACAAGGCAUUGUACCUACUUUCUAUUGUGGACGGUUUGAAUAGUGUUAUGGAAAUCACACCUUUAAACUACAAUAAUGCUUUUAACAAUUUCACAAAAAUUCCAAUUUCUAGUUCAAGAAAACAAGUAUUGGGAGUUGGCCUACUUCUAAUCUUUCUAAAAUGAACCAAUUUAUCAACAUUGUGUAGAACGAAGUGUUAGAUAUUUGAGUUCCUUAAUUAUUUGGUCGAGAGUUCGAUUUCUAAUCGGUGUGUAUGAAAAAACAUAUAUUGGAGAAGUCAACUCCUUGAAUAGUUAUCAGUAUCUCAGAGGAUUAGUCUUCAUAGUCAUGCGGAUAAUACAUUGGUUUAUAAAAAAAAGAGUCAAUCUCUUGUUAUCUGUUGCUUGAUUUUUUGUUUUGUCUACCUCUAUAUUUUCUAACACCUAUCAUUAACCUCAUUUUGAAUAGUUAAUAGUUGCAUAUUUUGAUGAAAUUUUUUCCACAAACAUACCUACCAACCAUCUUGACAUUUCCUCUAAAUGCUAUCACACCUUGAAACUUCUUCUAUAUGUUUCUCUCAAUCCCUAUUCAAACUCUCUUCUCUUUUCUUCUCCUCUCUUCUUUUCUUCUACCUUUCAAUAUAUGAAGCCCCAAAUGAUAUUCCUUCAAAUCUCCUUCCAUUACAAUAAACCUCAACUCUUGGCUGAAACAAUCAUAAGUCAGAUUUUAUUUACCUCCCGACCGAACUAUGGAUUAUUAGGACUCAUUUCCUUUGGAAAUCGGAGGGUUAAAACCAAAAUAAAACCUCAACUACACAUUAUCACCAUUAUCUUGUUCUUGGUUACCACUGUUAAAUCUAUUAAUCCAAAAUUUGAAGCUUGCACACCUCAAACAUGUGGAACUGGUCCCUCCAUAAAGUAUCCUUUUUGGAUUCCUUAUCAACAAGAUUCAUUUUGUGGCUAUCCUCAAUUUGAGAUAACUUGCAUGAACAGCAAUCCAGUUCUAAGAACUUCAAAUUAUGAAUUUUUAGUAAAAAACAUUUCUUAUUCAAACUCUUCAUUUACUGCAGCCAACAUAGCUCUCUUAGAAGAAAAGUGUCCUGCUCCUAUGUAUAAUUACAGCCUUGACCAAACUCCAUUUACCUAUAGUUCUGAAAAUUCCAAUCUCUCUUUCUUUUACAACUGCACCACAGAACCUAUAGAUUACCCUACUUAUGAAGUAGACUGUGCAAAAAAUGCUACACAUUAUUCUUUUGCUGUUUUUCAUAAGGAGGCACUGGAGCACAAAAAUUAUUCCAUGAAUGAGUGUCAGUUUAUGGUUAAUGCACCAUUGGCCUUGAAUACUAGUGUUAAUUUUACUAGCUUGUUGAAAAUGAAUUACACUGAAAUUUUGAAGGUGGGGUUUGUUUUGAAUUGGACUGCACCUGAUUGCCAACAUUGUGAGAAAAGUGGUGGAAGAUGUGGAUUUGAUAAUUAUAAGUUCCUAUGUUUCUGCAAGGAUAAGUCCUACCUUAAAAUUUGUGGUGAUGAUGGCUCAUUGGAUUGGAAGUUGAAAUUUGUUAUUGGUGUUGCUUCUGCUGUGUUAGGAGCACUUGCUAUGACAAGUUUUAUAUAUUUCUAUAAGCGUCGAAAGAAUAGUAGUUAUGCAAAGUCAUAUAUUCAGUCUCACAACCUCUCUUCAGAUAUAUCUUCAAAGGACCCUGAGAUGGGAAGUCAACACUUUGGAAGAAGUCAAAAUUUUGGAGUGCAACAUUUCAAUUAUAGUGAGCUUGAAGAGGCUACAAACCACUUUGAUCCAUCCAAAGAACUCGGAGAAGGAGGCUUUGGGACAGUGUAUUUUGGCAAACUGCAUGAUGGUCGUUGUGUCGCAGUGAAGAGGUUAUAUGAGAACAAUUACAAAAGAGUUGAGCAAUUCAUGAAUGAAGUUAAAAUCCUAGCGAGAUUAGUCCAUCCAAAUCUUGUGUCGCUGUAUGGAUGUACUUCACGCCACAGUCGCGAACUUCUACUUGUCUACGAGUAUGUUUCUAAUGGAACUGUCGCUGAUCAUCUUCAUGGUAAACAAGCAAAACAUGGAAAACUGUCUUGGCCUAUUAGAAUGAAUAUUGCUGUGGAGACAGCUAGUGCAUUGAAGUAUCUUCAUGUUUCUGACAUUAUUCACAGGGAUAUAAAAACCAAUAAUAUUCUUCUCGAUGCCCAUUUUCGUGUCAAAGUAGCAGAUUUUGGACUCUCGCGCCUUUUUCCGAUGGAUCAUACUCAUGUUUCAACAGCUCCACAAGGUACUCCAGGUUAUGUCGAUCCCGACUACCAUCAGUGCUAUCAACUUACUGAAAAGAGUGAUGUCUAUAGCUUUGGAGUUGUGAUGAUAGAGUUGAUAUCGUCUCUUCCUGCUGUCGAUAUCACAAGGCAUAGACAUGAAAUCAAUUUGGCCAACAUGGCUAUCAAUAGAAUUCAAAAUCAAGCAUUGCAUGAACUUGUGGAUCCUACUCUUGGUUUUGAAUCAGAUCCCAAAGUAAAGAAAAUGAUAAAUGCUGUGGCUGAGUUAGCAUUUCAGUGUUUGCAAAGUUCUAAAGAAAUGAGACCUUAUAUGGAUGAAGUGUUGGAAACUUUAAAAGAUAUUCAGAGUGAUGGUAAGCAUAAAAGUCAACCUGAGGUAUUGGACAUUUCAAGCUCAGCUGAUGAUGCUGUGUUGUUGAAUCAUGAUCCACCUCCACUAUCACCUGAUUCAAAUGUUGUGAGCAAUUCUACAAUAUCGAAUGCUAGUGGAUAAGUGAGUUUGGUUUUGAUUUCAACGAUUUAGCUUUAUCUAUAGCAUCAAACUGGUAGCAUCCACCAAGUUGCAGCCACAAAACUUAUGAGAUUGAGAUGUAUAUAUAGCUAAUAUAAAGCUACUGUGGUUAAUGACUUAAUGGAGUUUCAUCUAUUAAUGAUUUUAGUUAGAUAUAUUAAUAUAUAUUUUUUGUACUAAUUACAAGUUCAAAUAAGAUGACUUUUUCCCCCUA